ACUAUGCGGCUUGGGCUGUGUGUGGUGGCCCUGGUUCUGAGCUGGAUGCAUCUCACUGCUGGCAGCCGGGGGAUCAAGGGGAAGAGGCAGAGGCGGAUCAGCGCUGAAGGGAGCCAGGCCUGUGCCAAAGGCUGUGAGCUCUGCUCUGAGGUCAACGGCUGCCUCAAGUGCUCGCCCAAGCUGUUCAUCCUGCUGGAGAGGAACGACAUCCGCCAGGUGGGCGUCUGCUUGCCGUCCUGCCCUCCCGGAUACUUCGAUGCCCGCAACCCUGACAUGAACAAGUGCAUCAAAUGCAAGAUUGAGCACUGCGAGGCCUGUUUCAGCCACAACUUCUGCACCAAGUGUAAAGAGACUUUGUACCUGCACAAGGGCCGCUGCUACCCGACCUGUCCCGAGGGCUCUGCAGCGACCAACGGCACCAUGGAGUGCAGCAGUCCUGCUCAAUGCGAAAUGACUGAGUGGUCCCCGUGGGGGCCGUGCUCCAAGAAGAAGAAGCUCUGUGGUUUCCGGAGGGGCUCUGAGGAGCGGACGCGAAGGGUGCUCCAUGCCCCUGGGGGGGACCACGCCACCUGUUCCAACACCAAAGAGAUCCGGAGGUGCACAGUGCAGAGGACGCCCUGUCCUGAGGGGCAGAAGAGGAGGAAGGGAGGCCAGGGCCGGCGGGAGAAGGCCAACAGGAACGCCAGCAGGAAGGAGAGCAAGGAGGCGGGCACCGGCUCCCGGAGACGCAAGGGCCAGCAGCAGCAGCAGCCACAAGGGACAACGGGGCCGCUCACAUCUGCAGGGCCCACCUAG